AUGUUGCGUGGUCUCAAAAAAAGGGUUGCCUCAUCGUCGACUGGGCCAUCACCACCAGGAUACAGAUGGUGCUGCGUGGAGCAGGUGGAUCAGGCCGAACCCCUGCCAAACAGGAAUAACGGGUGGCGCUACAAAGGGCCACGAGGGGUAAUGUAUCGUCGACAGGCGGUCUUCGGAACAGGAUACAGGGUUCGUAUCUCGGCCACGUCCCGUGGACCGGGAUAUAGAUGGUUCAAUUCGCACCCCGCCGGCGGUGAUCCUUCACUGGAAAACUUUCAAUCCUGGGCAACAAGGACGUGGCGGCGCGGUUUGGUCCACCCGAGAGACGCAGAUGCUUGGAAAACCGCCUUCAUUGACGUCGAGGGCGGUGGCCGGGGGCAGCUAGUAGUCUCGGCGGCGGAUGACACCUGGCGAGCGAUUCUCUGCUGGGGAUCGGCGGGCAGAAGGAUCGAGAUCGACCACGAAGGCAUCCCGGCGUCCUUGUCAAACCUCCAGGUCCGCGCCGGCAUCGAGUCCUCGAGUCCUAGGUUCAGACAGCUCAACAUCGCCUCCUUUGGUCACAGGGUUGUGAGAUACGAACCUCUAACAACUUUCUGCAUGACGUGGAAGAAACGACUCCCGGGUGCUUGCCUCGCUGUGCUCGUCGCGGACGCCUGGCGAGACUGUCAACUUGACCUUUUGAUACGAGAGCGACGGAGAUUUGGAUUCCGGGAUGUCGACCCCAUCACGGGUUCGUUCAUGAACUCCACUGGUGGUGGGCGGCGAAGGGAGGGUGCCACCACACCCUUGAGGAAUGCAUUGGAUGGUGGCAACUACUUCCGCAACCUGUUUUCGGUGCUGCUUGAUCGCGACGUGGGGAGCGAAGAGUUCGAUACGUGGCUUUCUGGGGUUAGUGAACCACCCGCCCUUACACUGCGAGACCUGGAAAAGUGGCUCAACAAGACUAGGGCAAACGUCGUCGUGUGGUCACACAGGGGCUCUGGCGAUCAUGUUCUCGGGCCAAUCGACAAGAAAACAGAUCUCCGGCCGCGAGCAUUACACGUUGGAGUUCGUGAGGGACACGUUUACCGGUUGGAGCUCGACGGGCCCUGGAGGGACAGGUUCGGAUCAUCUUUGGACGUGGCCAUCGAGCACAGUGUUAAAACCCAGCGAAGAUUCCGUCGGAUUGCCGAGGCCGUCGAAGAGAAAGACAAACCGGACACCACUGAUUGCGGAAGCAAGAAGACCUUCUUGUGUGUCGCUGAUAUUGUGAGCGAUCUCAUGGCCAUCAACCAAUCAGAGGAGGAGAACGGCCACCAACAGGCAGCACGAAAAAAGCGGAAGCGUGGAAAAAGAAGAUCAGAGUUCAACACGUGGUACGCGCCGCCCGGAACGGUUCUCGACGAGCUAAUGCUCCACUUGCACCUCGUUGGAGUCUCUUGCAGGGGUAGGCUUACCAGCUACAGCCACUGGGACUCCCUGUCGCUGCCGGCACACGGUAUAACCAUCCGAACGUGGUGCAGCGCGAGCAUGGGCGGACUCGAUCCUGAUGAGCUCGAGCCCGACCAAGCGACAAGAUUGAUCGAGCUGCACAAUGAACUGGGUCUGAAGUUUUACCACGGCGUGUUAGACUUUAGAGUGUCGAGCCAGUAUAGCCAGUCCCUCCUCGCCCUUCUCGAGGUAUGCUGGCGGGGACCAAUCGUCGGCGCCGAGGAAGUGUCGGGAACUUCUUACGGGCCGGAAGAUUGGCAGUGUGACAUCAACGGGGCACACACGGCGGCCCUUAUGAGCAUGGAGGUAGUGCCAGUUUUCGGCCACGUGGAUGAGGUGGAGGAGUACGAUGACCACGGCAUUGAGGAUUGGACCCUGUACAUUAUAGAAUUGGAUGCAUUCGGCAAACCCGACGUAUUCUUUAACGCGGAUGUGACACCAGUCUUCGGUAGAAACUACAAGCGUUACCUCGACCUCGUCGACACUGCUGCUCGCCACAGAGUUACCCACUUCGUGCGGCCGUCGAGAAUAGUCAGCAUGUGCCACAUACCCAAACUUGUGAGAGACCUGCUCGCGCAUGAGCCGGGUGAUCCCUUCCUACAGGAUGCAGACUGCGCCCGCAAAUUCAAAAAAGGAAUAUUCGUGCGGGCCAGUGGCAUGUUGCAGCAGAGAUACGCAGACAGGAUAGACGCUGUCAUGGUUACGGGCUGUGACGAGGCUUCCGCUGUGGGCGGCAAAAUUGUGCCUGUCCUAGGCGAGGUCGAUCGCGUGAAGGCUGAACUUCGGACGGGACAGGGGAAGCUUGGGAUCGAGUCACUUCGCACUGGUGAUGCAUACCUUUGUUUGGAUGCGGAACGAACAUGGUACAGAGAUGGUUUCUGGGCGUUGGGUGCGCUCAUUCUUGACGAAACUCGAUUGCGAGUGUUGGAGGCGAGGAACGCUCUCGAAUCUUGCGGCGCGUGUGACUUUAGCUACCAGUGUGACGCGGUAUUCUUCAGGGGAUCUUCGUCGGUGCAAGAGAAGAUGAGGCUUCGCUUCAGCGAUUUGUUUAAAGGUGACGAAACAAAAACUCCUGGCACUCUAAGGUUCGAACCAGCCUUGAAGAAUCCGCUUGGUGAUGAGAGGCGGGUGUUCGGUGGUAUUAAAACCAAGAUAUCGCUGGACGCGUUACCUCCAGCAAUGAGGCGAAUUCUUUGCCCACCGAAGCACCGUAUGCGGGUCAUUCCUCUGUGGGAUGGCAUCGGUGGAGGCUUCAGUUCGAUGGACCAUGUUCACGACGCCUGGCGUUCUCUCGAGAGGAACGCCAAGCGCAACCUGUGGCCGGAGAUAUGCGAGGCCGAGUCGCCAUCAAAUCUAGAAAGUUUAAUCCGCGCUCACAUGCUCCAACAAGGUUCAAGGCUCGUGUGUGCGGUGACGGGAGAACAUGGGGGAGCGGGGAAGAGUUACUGCGCAACCCGUGCUGCAACGGCCAUCUUCAAAACUGGGCUUGUCGUAACCCCCACCAAUAGUUUGAGAACGUCCUUCACAGACAUGCCAUGCGGGUGGAGUGUAAAGACCGCCGACCACCAGCUCGGUUUCUAUCUGGGGGAUGAUUCAGAAAUGAGGAAGACGGCGGGGUCGAUACGAACGCUCAACGUUGACGUGAUCAUCAUUGAAGAAGCUGCUUAUAUGCCUCUCCGGACCCUAAGCAUGAUAUUGGCUGCUGCCCAUUGCAGCGGCACCCACGUGAUCGGGACAUACGACACGCACCAACUCCAACCCGUGUGCGAUAGCAGCGGCAGGUCAAUUAGCAAGGACAACGUCGACAGGAGGGUCAUCCUCGAAAAAGCCUUCCCCUUAUGCUUUCACGUCUUCGCGCGCAAGCGGGAUAAAACUGUCGAAGAACAGGUGGAGAUGGACGACGGACUCUUGUACAUUCUGGCUGCAGGAGACGACAGUCACGAGGCGCAAACUCGAGCCAUUGAGAGGUUUGGUGGGGGGUGUCUCGAUAACCCAAGCCCUUCAGAUUUUCACCUCGCUUACACUAGAGACUGUGCUCGGUUCCACGCCUUUCGAGGAUUGCUGGGGUGCGACGAAGCUGGUGGCUGGGAUGGGCUGGGGCGUCAAACAGUCGUAGGUGCUCAAUACCGGGACCUCGGGAACCUAGGCAAGGUUCAUAAAAAUCACACGUACAAAAUCAUUCGAUCCUCAGCAGAUGAGGUCGUUGUCGCAAGCGCUUUUGACGGGGCCGUCAGUCUGGAGGAGACGUCACUCUGUCGAGCGGAGGCAGAAAACUUGUUUGACCCUCCGGGGUCAUGUACAGUACACGCUGUCCAGGGUCGAACGGUCGAGGGAACGUUGAUCAUCCACCAAGCCCGGCACCGUCACGCUGACGUCCACUGGUUGUACACGGCAGUCAGUCGAGCGACAGGACCCUCGAGCGUCAGGGUCAUAGACGAUAUUCACCGGAGCGAAAGCGACAUGUCCGAUCGAGAGAGAGUAUCGUGGGUUUCUCGGAAGGUUUCAAGCUACAUCUAUGCCGACGUUGCGGCCGGGCGUCUUGGGCCAGAAGAGGGUAGAAGGCACAGAGAAGCCCUUGUUCAAGAACUCCUGAACUCUUACGGAGGCAGAUGCCACCGGUGUACGUGCGAGCUUGUCUGGGCCGUCUACAGUGAACAGCAGCCAACGCUCGAUCGCCUCGACUGCUCGUUGCCCCACACCGCGGAAAAUGUGGACGUGAAGUGCUUGAGGUGCAAUCGCGCUCGUGGUAGCCUGGGGAGAGGGCGCACGAAAAAAAAGAAAGUAGAUCGUAGCGGGAAGGAUGAGAGGUAGCCCUAUUGUAAGGAAAAUGCGGGAUAUAAUGUGUGUCGUUGUUAGUAGUGAUCAAAAUGGACAAGAAGAUCUCAAUGUGCGCCAAAUGGUUGGAGGAAAAAGAGAAUCCACACGAGGUCCCGUCAAGAUAGAAAUCCGGCAAUUGCUCGUCCUUAUCAAGAAGAGGUCAUCCACGGCAAAGAAAACGAAGGGGCGGAAGGGAUACCUGAAACAGCUACAGACGGCCUGGGAUCGCGUUGUUUCAUUCGGGAAAUUAGACCUUCCCGGAAAGUGGUCGGCCCGGCGCGCGAUACACUCGCGGAAGGUGUCUUUCACU